UGGGCGGGGUCAGUGGGAGUAGCAGGGGGAGACGACGGAGCUGUCAAACGGCAACUAGCGUCAGAGACACGGACCCCGGGCAGCGCGAGGGGGACACACCGGACCGUACUGCUCCGGAGGACACGACGAGGACACCGACACACCCGGGGGUCCACCCGGAGGAGCCGGGCUCUUCUCACCAAUGCGGACUUUUCAACAAAACUUCGUCGGUUAACGUUAGCCCCGAGUUCUGUUGACAAACUAGCCAGGCAGCUUUAGCCACCGAGCUAACUGCGUGACUAAACUUUGUUGUUGUUGUUGUUGUUGUUGUUGUUGUUGUUGUCGUCGUCUCUGGUUUUCGGGAUAUUUAUCUUCUGAGGAGGGGAAGUCAUGGAGCUCCACUGCUCUUACAAACUUCUCCCGGGGACCACACCAGGUCUCCAAGGACUUUCUAUACAUCUCAAAUAAGUGAAGUCCCUCCCGUCCCAGUGGACUCUUCAGUUACAAGCAGAGAGGAACUGGACCCGUAGGAAUCAUCUUGGACGUCUAUGUGUGUGACAUAUUUCCUCCCAGGACACAAACUGAGUAGAUUCUGUGCUGCCGUGGAAUCCUCGGCACCAUUAAAGCAAUCCAGUCCUCUUGUCAUGUGGGUACAUCACAGAGGAAGGCUCAUAUUACCCUCACUGGUAUCACCAUCAGUCACAUCACCAUGGACCGGAAUAAGCGCAAUUCCAUUGCUGGGUUCCCAACUCGACCUGAACGUCUCACCGAGGACAGGGACACUGUCGGAGGGGCAGGGGUCUGUGAGAUGGGCAUGGGACCGCCUCCACAGGUGGGCAGGGUGUGGCCAUCGUCCUACAGAGCCCUGAUCAGUGCCUUCUCCUGUCUCACACGCCUUGAUGACUUCACCUGUGAGUGGAUUGGCUCUGGAUUCUUCUCCGAUGUCUUCAAGGUACGUCAUCGAGCUUCAGACCAAGUCAUGGCUCUGAAGAUGAACAAGAUCAGCAGCAACAGAGCCAACAUGUUGAGAGAGGUCCAACUAAUGAACCGGCUUUCACAUCCAAAUGUACUCAGGUUCAAGGGAGUGUGUGUCCACGAAGGCCAGCUUCACGCUCUGACGGAGUACAUCAAUGGUGGAAACCUGGAGCAGCUGCUCGACAGCAACACGCACCUGAGUUGGCCCGCCAGGGUGAAGCUUGCCUGUGAUAUCGCCAGCGGUCUGGCCUACCUGCACUCCAAAGGCAUAUUCCACCGGGACCUCACCUCCAAGAACUGCCUGAUCAAAUGUGAUGACAACAGCUACACAGCAGUGGUUGGAGACUUUGGCCUGGCGGAAAAGAUCCCCACUACUCUUGCUGAAGGAGAGAAGCUCUCUGUUGUCGGCUCCCCUUUCUGGAUGGCUCCAGAGGUGUUGAGAGAUGAACCCUACAAUGAGAAGGCUGAUGUUUUCUCCUAUGGAAUCGUCCUGUGUGAGAUCAUUGCAAGGAUCCAGGCCGACCCUGACUUCCUGCCCCGCACAGAGAACUUUGGCCUGGACUACCACACGUUCCAGCACAUGGUUGGAGACUGUCCGUCUGAUUUCCUCCAGCUGGCAUUCAACUGCUGCAAUAUGGACCCUAAACUCCGUCCGUCCUUCCCGGACAACGUCAGGCACCUGGAGGAGAUUCUUGCUCGCCUCAAAGUGGAAGAGAUGGAGCACGAGUGCGUCUCGCUCAGUGGAGACAACGACAAGAAGACGAUACCUAAAGGUAUCAGCCCUGCAGUGCUGUCCAAACCACACAGCGACAAAAUCCAGGGCUUCAAGCGACUGAACCCUCUCGGUUUCCAGGACGACAAAAUCCCACAGAAGUCGCCCCGUCCUCGGCGAAACAUCUGGCUCAGCCGCAGCCAAUCGGACAUCUUCUCCUGCAAAGCAGUGAGAAAGGUCAACGUGCAGGACCCUUACUACCACCCCCCCAUUACGCAGCGAGCCUCCAAAGCCCGCAAGAUCAACCCGUUCACCGCCCGAGAGGACCUGUGUGGGGGCAACAUCAAGUUUUACGACGUGCCCAGCAAGUCGGUGUUCUCGCUGGUGUUUGACCUCCACUCACCUCCAGGGAGCGUGUUCGGUAACCCGUCAGCUACCCAUGGACCCGCGGGGCCGCAGCAGGAGGGGUCUUACUACUGGCAACAGCUGCCAGGGAGACAGUGCCACUCCUUACCGGUGUCGCCCCAGCUGCCCCGCUCCGAGGUCUUCCACCUCGCUGCGGCUGUUGGCUCCAAUAACAACGGUUCUCUCACCUGUAACUCCAGUCAGAUGUCCACAACGCUGCCAGCGACUAACUCCAGGUCUGACGCGGGCCUGACUGGAAACGACGUCCGGCAGAAAGCGUUGGUGUCGGGCUGGUCAAAGAAAUACGUGGUGGUUGAGAUCCCGCCUUACUGUGGGCAGAGAGGAGGGGAGGAAGAGGAGGAGGAGGAGGAGGACGGAGAGGUAGAGGUAGAGGUAGAGGGAAGGACGGAGGGAAACAAGGAGGACAUGUCUGGGGAGAGUUGGUCUCCCAUGGUCCCCAGCAGUGAGAGAGACGGCGGGGAGGCGAUGGACUGCUCGUGCAGCCUGGAGGACGAGGAUGAACGAGGAAAAGGGACAGACGCCGGCUCAAUGUAACAAACUUAACACACUCACAUGGACGAACAUGGCGGGGAGGACGCGGUAGUUUUGGACGAGAGCUCGGGGACUGUGACUUGUGACUGUGAGGAAGUGGACGAGCAUUGAGACGGACAGACUGGACUCAAGUUAAUGGAAAGAUACGGCGCCGAAAAAGAAAAGAAAAGCAAAAGCGCUUGAUGUUCUCAAGUGAAUUUAUCCGAGCACAUCUUUUCAAGCUGUUAUCACACACGGACAGAACAAUGUGUGACGGCCUCUAGUGAGCACAAAAAAAGCUUUUAUCAAAACCGUGGACACUCGGAAUAGAGAUUAUUUUUUCUAAAGGUUGUUUAUAUUUACUAUUGUGAGACGAUGUCGAUUUCUUUUCUCCUUAAAAGUUCCGUAUAUUUUGGCGUCUUGUCUAUGACGAGGGAACCUGAUCCCUUGUGUACGUGUGAGUGUUUAAAAAAAAUCAGAAGUGUGUUUUGAAACCUUCCCCGUGUUCUUUCAUUCAAAACAUUCAGUCAAAUGAUUUGUGAAUAAUUGGCCCAUAAACACAAACUUUGUCUUCAUCAGCUGUUAAAGGACCCGACCAGUGGUUUUAACGUCUUUCAGGAGACGUGUUUUCUAGAAACGAUAUCCAGAAAAAAAGAGCAUCACAUUUAAAGUUGCAAUCUGAUGUCUGAGUUUACUUGAAUGCACCACGAGUUUUAAAACAGUUCCCUCUCGUCACUCUGUUGUAAUUGCUAAUAUUUUACUCUGGGUUUUAUGAAUUAUCACUCCGACACAACUUCAGUCUUUCACAAACGUGUCACAGACUCUACUGGUCUCACUCGUUCAAUAGUUUUAAUUCCCACAAAAAAUAUUCAAGCAUUUAUUUUAUUGAUCUUUGGAGUAAAUCACUCACGAGUUUCCCUUUGAGCUGAUUCUGAUUCUGGGAAAAACUGCUGCUAAUAUUCGGUUGAGUUUGUCUCAUUAAAUUACUGGUCUCGUUUCCAAAUACAUGAAAAAAAGCUUGUUUGUUUUGAGGUCAUCUUCCUGUUUGAGGCUUCAAACAUUACUGAACUUUAACAAAUAUAUUUAAAAUCACAUCGGGAAGGUUCGUUUAACACGGAAACAGUUGAUCUGAAUGUUUUCUAAAUGUGUUUGACUUGAUAAACAUGCUGACCGUUGAUCCGCUCCAGUCAGUGAUGCUCUCGUUACAUUCUGAUCUCACUCCAACAGGAACUAAAAUGCACUUGUAUCGUGAUGAUCUCCACUUAAUGACUUUUUCACUACUUUUCUAUGCAACAGAUCAUUUAUCUCAUUGUUUCACAGGAUUUAAAAAAGAUCUAAUCUGAUAUUUAUAAGAAAAAAACCCUUUUUAAAUGUCUUACCUUUGUAUUUUUGUGUAAAACGUUUGUGUCACCUGCCUCGACAAAUACAGAUCCAGAUGUUUUUUUUGCUGAUCGAGUAACAAAG